UGGCCGCAGCCAAUGGGAAGGCAGCGCGGGCUCCACUGCAGGAAGCUUUACCUAUGGCCAAGAGCUCCGCAUGGCUGGCUUACGGCGUCCGGACUUGUGGGCUCCGGGCUGCCGGAGGCCCUGGGAGGAGCUCUUGGCGGGAAGGGUCAAGCGGCGCAAACAUAAUCCUGAAAGUGAACAGAAAUUAAAGGAAUCAGCUGUGCAGCUCCUGAGACGCCACCUGAACUUGGAGGAUCUUUUGCUUGAGGUAGAAGAUCCACCUUGUAAAAAAUUGUGCCUCAGUAAAUUGAUCGAUUGUGACAGGGCUGAGGCCUGCAGUGAUCGUUCUAGCUCCUUCAUAGGCUCUGCCUUGCGGGAUCGAGCCUUGAGAUUGGGGGUUCCUGUGGCUCUCCUGGCGGCCAGGAUGGUGGCCUACAGCAUGGAGCAGGUGUGUGCGGAGCCUGGCCACCCAGUUCUGCUCAGCUCGGAGCAGAGGAAAAAGGUGGCUUCCUUGUUAGAUGUUGCUCAGUAUUUAUUGGCACACAGUAUGUUCUCUCGUCUUUCCUUCUGUCAGGAAUUAUGGAGAGUGCAGAGCUCUUUGCUGCUGGAAGCUGUGUGGCGCCUGCAUGUGCACAGCGUCGUCAGCCUGCAGGAGCUGCUGGAGAGCCAUCCCGAAGCUCAGGCUGUGACGGUGUGGCUUUUCGGGAACCUGCGCGUGCUGUGUGAGCAGAUGGAAGCAUCCUGCCAGUCCGGCGAUACUACCAGGGCUAUGCUUUCUGAUUUUGUGCAGCUAUUGGUUUUGAGGGCAUUUCAGGACAACUCUGAUCUGGGAAGGACCAUGGAGUCUGAGAAGAUGUCUCAGGUUGCCCUGGCUGUGCUGCAGAAAAUGCUGAACUUUGCGCUGGACUCCCUGGCUGCUGGCCUUCAGGAGGAGUCCCCGGCUCACAAGGCAGUGAGGUGUUGGUUCGAUGUGUUCAGUGCACACUCAUGUUGUGUGAUUGCGCCAGAUCCUCUGAAGAAGUUUUUCCAUCACACACUGGUACAGACGCUCACGCACAGUCCUAUGCUGAAAGUGUCAGAUGCCAUCCAGAUGCAGAGAGAGUGGAGCUUCUCGAGAACACACCCUCUGCUUACGUCUCUCUACUGCCGGCUCUUCAUAAUGCUGAGCCCUGAGGAAGCAGUUCGCUGUCUGCAGGAAGUUUUGGAGGAGCAGGAAGUCAACUGGCAGCGUGUGCUGUCCUGUGUGUCUGUGCUGGUCAUCUGCUUCCCUGAGGCACAGCAGCUGGUAAGAGAUUGGGUGGCCCGUUUGAUGGCUGGUGCCUUUGAGAGAUUCCAUCUGGACAGCAUGGUCACUGCAUUCCUGAUUGUACGCCAGGCCGCACUGGAAGGACCUGCUGCAUUCCUGUCCUAUGCAGACUGGUUCAAGGCCUCCUUCGGGAGCUCUCAUGGCUACCACAGCUGCAGCAAGAAGGCCCUGGUCUUCCUCUUCAAAUUCCUGUCCGACCUCGUGCCCUGGGAGGCCCCCUGGUACCUGCAGGUGCACAUUCUCUCCCCGCCACUGGUCCCAAGCAAGUACCGCUGCCUCCUCACUGACUACAUCUCGCUGGCUAGGACACGGCUGGCUGACCUCAAGGUUUCCUUGGAGAACAUGGGACUGUAUGAAGAUGUGUCCUUGGCUGGGGGCAUCACAGAGCCCCGCAGCCAAGCGGCCCAGGAUGUGGAGAAGGCCAUCUCGAUGUUUGAACACACAGGGAAAGUCCCAGCCCCUGUCCUGGAGGCCAGCAUAUUCAGGAGGCCCUACUACAUGUCCCACUUCCUCCCUGCUCUGCUCACGCCGCGUGUGCUCCCCAAGGUCCCUGAUGCAAGGGCAGCGUUCAUCGAGUCUCUGAGGAGGAUGGACAAAAUUCCCCCGUCUCUGUAUGCCGCCUAUUGCCAAGCCUGCGCCACUGCUGAGGAGGAGAAGCCAGAAAGUGCAGACUCCAAAAUGGGGACAGAGCCCGGCUUUGUGGAAGAGGCCCUGGGGCCGCUCAGGGCUGCACUCUUUCAGCUCAGAGCUUUGAUGGCUGACCCCACGCAGUACGACGUUCUGUCUGCUCAGAUGGCUGUGGUUGCUGAAAAGCUUGGUGCUGUCUUGGAUCACAGGAGGAAUGAAGUCUAUUCUGAGGAAAUGAAGAUUCAGCUCAGCAUUCUUGCACCAGAUGUCCCACGGCAGCACCAGGCGGUGGUGGAUCUGCUGCUGACGGCUUUCUGUCAGGACCUCAUGGCAGCUUGCAGCUUUGUCCCCCCAGAGAGGCAGGGCCCCUGGGCUACCCUCUUCGUGAGGACCCUGUGUGGUCGUGCACUGCUGCCUGCAGUCCUUGCCCGGCUCUGCCAGCUGCUGCGUCACCAGGGCCCAAGCUUGAGUGCCCCACAUGUGCUGGGCUUGGCUGCCUUGGCUGUCCACCUGGGGGAAUGCAGGGCCACGCUCCCAGAGGUAGACCCAGGCCUUGCCACAGCCACCUGCAGCCUUCCUGUCCCAGAGUUCCUCGAUGGCCUCCUGUCCUGCCAUGCUGGGGAGUCUAUGCUCUUCUGCCUAAAGUUCUGCACGGCAGCGAUCACCUACGCUUGGUGCAGGUUCUCCCCUCAGCCCCUUGGAGCCCUGCGCAGCUGUUUAUCUCCAGGCCUUAUCAAAAAGUUUCAGUUCGCCUUGUUCAGAUUGCUUUCAGAGGCCCGAGAGCCUUGUCCUGGGGAGAACGUGACCGGCCCUCCCUGGAGACCCUCAUGCCUUCCUUCUGCAGACUGGCAGAGCGCUGCAUUGGCUCUGUGGCGACAGAGCAGCUUCCAGGAGCUGCUAGAAGAGCCGGAGUUUCGGUUGACGUACAGAGACUGGCUGCGGCGAGAACUGGAAAUCCUCCCUGGAGCGGAUCCCCUGUCAGACACAGAACAGCAGGACUUCCACCAGUGGGCGAUCCACGAGCACUUCCUCCCUGCACCCUCAGCUGCAGGGGGCUGCAGUGGGGACUUGGAGGUGGCGUGCACGGUUCUCAUCGACGUGCUGAUGGACUUCUACCAAAGUCCAAGGAGCUGUGACCACACAGAGAGUCCCAACUGGGCCUAUGGUGGCCGCAAAGGCAAUGGGGAUCUGCUCUGCAGGCUGCAGGAGAUGGCUGCUGACCUGGAGCUCGGCUCUCCUGUCUCUCAGGGACACUUUGUCUUCGGGGUGUUCCAAAGACGGCUCAAGGCCCUGACCAGUAGGAGAGGUGUGGCUGCCAGCCUUUGGAGACAGCAGGAGCUGCUCAUGUGCAAACGGCUGCUCCUCCGCCUGCCUCCCUCUGUUCUGCUUGGCAACCUACAGGCUGAGGAGCCCAGCUGUGAGGACUUCUUCAACCUGGUCAACUCUGAGCUGAGAAACUUCUGCAACCAUGGUGGUGCCCUAAGCCUGACCCACGACAUCACUGCCCACUUCUUUAGGGGGCUCCUGAACGCCUGCUCGCGCAGCCUGGACCCCUCAUUGACUGCCAACCUUACCCUGGCCAAGUGCCAGGCCAGAUGCCCUCUGAUGGUGACCUCGGCACUGUCGUGGUGGUCAAGCCUGGAGCCGGUGCUGUGCGGUCAGUGGCAAAAGUGCUGCCAGGGCGGGCUGCCCCACGAGCUGCAGAGGCUGCAGGAGGCUGGGCAGUUUGCCCACAGCUUCCUCUCCCUAGACUCAACUUCUCUCGCCCCGACCCCGGCCUGGAUCUCUGCUGCUGCACUGCAUUUUGCAGUCCAAAGAGUGAGGAAGGACAAUGCAAGGAGCCUGCUGAAGAAGCUGGACUUCCAGAGAGAGGAGCUCUUGGCACCCCUCUUUUUCUUCUCCUUGCUCAGCUUGCUGUCAUCACACCUGUCCCCAAGCGCCAUAGCUGACUCCCUGAAGGCCAUGGAGGUGUGUGUUGAGGUCCUAGCCUGUAUGCAGAGGAGAAAACUGCCCUGGCUGAGGCUUUUCCAGCUGACAGAAGCAGAUGCUGGGUUGGGUCACCUCCUCCGCUUGGCCCCGGAUCAGCUCACCAGGCUGCUGCCCUUUGCUUUCUACAGGCUCCUCCCCCACUUUGAUGAGGCUGCUACUGUCAGGGACGUGGGCUUUCUGCGUAUUGCCGUCGACAUGUACCUCCAGCUGGUCCAGCUCUUCGUGGGAGGGGAGACCACCACAGUGUCGGCCUUGACUAGUACCGGCCUACAGCUGCAGGGCCAGCCUCUGCCACACCGCAGCCCUGUAGAACUGAUAACAGAGGCACGUCUCUUUCUGCUGCAGUUUAUACCUCAGUGCCCACAAGAGAGCUUCUCAGGCAUGGCAGAGCUGCUGGCUGGCCAUGCAGACUACGACCCAGAGGUGACAGGUGCCCUCCUGCACAGGUGCCAGACUAUGACCAAUGCAGACCUGUACCAAGAACCCCGUCUUUUCUGAUGGGACCUGUCUCAGU